AUGGUAGACCGCGCCGAUGGUGGAGAAAGGGCGCGCAGCGGUAUACGGAUGGUGGAAGCCGCUAGCACAAACGCUACCAGUGAAAAUGAGCGACAUUCUGAUAAUGGAAUGGUAGCUAGGGAUACGCCCGUUCGAGGCGGAAUAGACCGGUUGGCAGAUGAGCCACCGCGAAUGUUAGAUAUGGAAGUGAAUGGGGAAAGGAUUCCAUUCGAGUUGGAUACCGGCGCAUCCUUAUCCAUUAUCGACGAGAAGACUUGGCAUAAGCUAGGCCGACCGCAGUUGCAGAAGGCGGAGGUAGCGGCAACGGCAUUUGAUAACAAGCGGAUUAUGUUUCAAGGCAAAGUUCCACUAUAUUUCAAGUUCGCCGGGAAAGAGGCGGUUAUAGAUGUACAUGUCUUCAGGGAGGCGAGCCACUCCUUGUGUGGGAGAGACAUGAUAAGGAAGUUGCAGAUUGACUGUGGACCACACUAUGAGAUGGUUCACAGCGUUGUACAGAUGCCCAAAGUAGCAAUCAAAAAGGAGUUAGUGCGUAUACUGAAUAAUAAUAAGAGGUUAUUCCAAGAUGGUUUGGGCAAGUGCACAACCUCACGAGCUGAGCUCAAAUUUAAAAAUGAGUAG